GUGCGGGGAGCGGAGGGUUCACGUCUUGUCCGGGUUUGGGCCUUUAGACAACCCACCUGAGUCCCCAGCCUUCUCCCACACGGCGAGGUACCGAAGACUGGAAACCUCCUUCCUUAGGAGCGCGGCGCACAAGCUUCCAGUCAGCCCGGCGCCCACGAUCAGAACGCGCGCCAUGGCGGAGCGCGCCGCGGGCAGCAGGGCUGGGGCCGGCCAGCGGCGGCCGAUUCUGCGUCAGCGCUCUACCCGCCCUUGCUCCUCCGGUCGCCAGCCGGUGCCUGGGGCGGUCCCACCGCCCGGCCUGGAAGGGGCGGAGAAGAUGCGGCGGGAGCGAGAGGCGGGUUGGCCCUAGAGGCGGCAAACCUCUGCCCGCGGAGAACCCGGGCUUUCCGCGCUCUGAGCGGCCUUGCAGCCAGAGGCUGGCGCCGCCCCGCGAGUGCUGAACACCCGCUUCCCCUUUGCCCAGAAAAGCCCGGAAAUCGUGUGGGUUAUAACGUGAGAACCUGUCUCGCCACAGGGCUGGUGUGGACUACAAGCGGAGAACCAGCAUAGCCUUACCAAAGGGUGACCGGCCACCUAUUGCGGUCUUUGCUGCUUUAAUAUUCUAGAUGAAAAAUGAAGAGAGGGAACAUACCGGCGAAGCAAGGACAAGCUUUCCUCAAAGGCCUGUAUAGCCACUAUUGAUGUAGAAAAAGGUUUUGCAGCCUGGGAAGGAUUUUACUUUAGCCCAGAGGCGGUUCGUUGUGCAAGUUACGUAACCUUCCUGAUCUCAAAUUUCUGCAUUUGUGAAAUGAGACAGUAAUAUAUCCCUUCCAAAAUUAAAAAGAUUAAACACAUUUGGCUCACCAGAAAAUUGUGGAUCACUCCUCUCUUAAAUAUUACUAAAUUGUGACAGAACACAUUCCAUAUGCUCCAGGGGAUGCGAGAAUGAAUAAAAGGAUUCGUGCUUUUACCUCUCCUCCCCACCCAACAUUGUCCUUGAAUUCUCAGUGAAAUAACAAAAAGCAAUGAGAAAUCUGAACUGUUAAAGAACGAAUUCGCAGGUAAAUUAUUACCUGAGGGAAAGCUAAUAUAAAACCAAAUGACGAUUAUCAGAACUAAAAGUUGACAGUGGUAAACCAAUUUUAAUGAAAAUAUUUAAAAUUCAGAGUUUUAAUGUCCGCAUCAUGAAAAAAAUUUAUGCAUGAAAUUGGCGAAAGAGUAAUAUUACGUAUAUCUAAUAAAAAAACUAGAAGAAAAUAUGAACAGAUGUAGCCUAAGAAGACAUAUGUCAAGAAUAAAAAAUAAAAGAUGGAAUUGUAUAGAGAAAAAAUUUGCAGCUUCGGUAUUAUGAAAUAUGCAAGGAAAAAUGACAAAUAUUUUAAUGUAUGAAAGGAAGUAGCUGUUCAAUUGGGAAGUCUAUGAACAAAAACUGGAUGCCCAGUAGUAGGGGAUACCACAAAAGAACUGAAGCACUGAAUUAGACCAGCGGUGGUCAGACUGAGGUACGUGUAAAUAGAUGAAAAUUUUCUAAAUGAGGAAGUCAAUUUCCAGAUAUUCAGCUACCUAAGGUACUUUUUAUUAUUAUCUGUAAAAGGCAUUGUGGUCAAGUCAAUUCUUUCUCACCUUCUCUUUUACAACUGCCUUUAAAAACAAAUUUUUAGAAGGAAGACCUGUCUCUGAUUUGUCUCUAAUGUCAUUAUGGUGCAUUAAAUCAGGGAGCAAAAUCUUUUGAUUUUUAAAAUAAGGAACAAUUUCACAUGUUAACAAUGGUAUUGAUAAAGUGUACUAUUCCAAUGACAGAAUUUCAAAUCUUUCUCGUUUAGUUGGGUUUAGAAUUCUUUGCUUUCAGUAACGUUAAAAGAAAACCUAAUCAAAUGGUUAACUGAAAACUUAUUAAAAAGUUUUCCAUGAUGUUCUCAUUUUAUUUUGUCUUCCAGUACAAUAUUCUUUUUUUAAACCUCUCUAUGACUAUGUUUAGCAACCUUUGCUAAAAGAAAUACCAUCUAUGACUACUUAGAAGACACAUACAUUGGACACCUAAAAUCCACAAGAGCAGAAAGAGUCAAGUAAUUUCCUACUGGGGCUACCCCAAUGAAGAAUAUAAUAUUGUAACCGAAGAUGGUUAUAUUCUUGGCCUGAAUAGAAUUCCUUAUGUUUUCAUAAAAUUUUCUACAAUACCAAAGAUAGCUGAAAGAAUCAAAGUAUUUUUUGCCUUAGCACCAGUUUUUUCGAUUAAACACAUAAAAUGCCUUCUAAUUAAAAUGACAUACAAAUUAAAGCCAGUAAUCAAGGUAAUCAAGGUAAUCAAGGUAUAUUGUCUUUCUUUUGUAUAAUAGAUGACCCAAAGUGAUGAUGAGUCUGUGCUUUCAAAAUAAGAAGUCUUGGUUAUGUUUGCAUAGCCACAUGUAUGAAUUGGAUUUUUGUUUCAUUUAUACUGGAUUCUUGCCUUUGCUUCUAUAAAGGAAUAGAAUAUUACUUGUUAUACAUUUGGAUGAUUCAUUGUGAGAGGAAACUCGUGAUGAAACAAUCUUUAAACCCUGAUUCCAACUAUUUUGUUUAAUUAAAAAUUGUUAAACUACUGUAAGAUAAUUUCUUUGGUUGUGCAUAUAGUUACUCACCAUAUAACUUCUUAAUUUAUUAUUGUGGUCUUCUGAAUGUCAACGAAGUAAAUUUAUUUUACAGACUUUAUCUGACCAUGAACACUUCUUACCUAAAACUUCAUUUAAUGAAUUUGUUGGUUCCAAGUUGUGUCUGCUACCAAUUUUUAAAAAAAUAUUUGUUUCAGGACCUGGUAUAUGGUAUUUGGAUAUGACACAAACAACAUAAAUAGCUUCUAAAUUCAAAAACAUGAAAACUUUUGGCCGGGGCAGUCCUGUUCUGAACUUUCUUCAUUUUAAUCAGUUCAAAAUGUGGUCGCUUUUAGCAGUGGCGUGUUUGAUAUCUGCACUUGGAACUACACAUGGCUUCUUAGGAAUACUAGCACCUGAGAGCCCUGAAGCCCACAUGAAUAUUAAUCAAAUGAUUUCCUACUGGGGAUACCCAUGUGAAGAAUAUGAAGUUGUGACUGAAGAUGGUUAUAUCCUCGGGAUCUUCAGAAUUCCUUAUGGAAAGAAAAAUUCAGAGAACAUAGGCCACAGACCUGUGGUGUUUCUGCAGCAUGGUUUGCUUGCAUCAGCCACAAACUGGAUUGCCAACCUGCCCAGCAACAGCCUGGCCUUCAUUCUGGCAGAUGCUGGUUAUGAUGUAUGGUUGGGCAAUAGCAGAGGAAAUACCUGGUCCAGAAGAAAUUUGUACUAUUCACCAGACUCAGUUGAAUUCUGGGCUUUCAGUUUUGAUGAAAUGGCUAAAUAUGACCUUCCAGCUACAAUUGACUUCAUUGUAAAUAAAACUGGACAGGAGAAGAUAUACUAUGUUGGUCAUUCACAGGGCACUACCAUUGGUUUUAUUGCCUUUUCUACCAAUCCCACACUGGCUGAAAGAAUCAAAACCUUUUAUGCACUAGCGCCAGUUGCCACUGUGAAGUAUUCAAAAAGCCUUUUAACAAAACUUCGGCUUAUUCCUCCAACCCUCUUCAAGAUCAUAUUUGGUAACAAAAUAUUCUUCCCACACAACUUCUUUGAUCAAUUUCUUGGUACUGAAGUAUGCUCCCGUGAGUUAAUGGAUCUCCUUUGUAGCAAUGCCUUGUUUAUCAUUUGUGGAUUUGACAGUAAGAACUUGAACACGAGUCGCUUUGAUGUCUAUCUAGCACAUAAUCCAGCAGGAACUUCUGUUCAAGAUGUCCUCCACUGGGCCCAGGCUGCUAGGUCUGGGAAAUUUCAAGCUUUUGAUUGGGGAAGCCCAUUUCAGAACUUGAAACACUAUAAUCAGCUCACACCUCCCUACUACAACGUGACAGCCAUGAGUGUGCCGAUUGCAGUGUGGAAUGGUGGCAAUGACUUGUUGGCCGAUCCUCAGGAUGUCAACAUUUUGCUUCCCAAACUCUCCAAUCUCAUUUACCACAAGGAGCUUCUUCCUUACAACCACUUGGAUUUUAUCUGGGGAAUUAAUGCUCCUCAAGAAGUUUAUAAUGAAAUGGUUUCUAUGAUGGCAGAAGAUAAAGAAUAGCUCUGGAUUUUAGAAAUUAUUCACUUCUUUUUCCAAAAUGCUUUCCUCUCUCAUACACAGU